AUGAAUCAAACGCAAGUGAAUGAGCCAGCAAUUGAUCAAUCAGGUGUCCAUAAUUCUCCUGAAAAUCAGUUACCAGAGAAUAACCAGGUCAUCAUUCAACCGCCAAUACAAAAUCCUUGUGGUCGUAUGGUCGAUUAUAAGAAACUAUGCAAAUCAUCGGUCAAUUUGACACGAAGUCAGAUAGCGUCUCGUCAUACAAUGAACAAAAGUUAUCCUGCAUAUUCUGGCGAGCCAACGAAGUGGCAAAUGUUCGAGAGUGCAUUUGUGAAUGCUACAAUUUCAUGCGGGCUCACCAAUGCCGAAAAUUUGUCACGCCUUUUAGAAUGUUUGAAAGGUGACGCAUUAAACGCUGUUCAAGGAUUAUUGCUACAUCCAGAAUCAGUUCCUGGGCUUAUGGAAACAUUACGACUUAUGUUUGGUCGACCUGAAUUGAUAAUUCAAACGCUAUUGGAUGAAAUCAACAAAUCGACUCCACCGAAAUCUGAUGAUUUGAAAUCGCUAGUCAAAUUUGCGAUUUCUGUUCAGAAUUUAUGUUCGACAAUAAAAGCAUUUAAUUCUGUCGAACAUCUGCGAAACCCGUCAAUGUUGAAGGAUCUAGUCGAAAAACUGCCUACGCAAGUUAAGCUCAAUUGGGCAUUUUAUAAACAAACCGUUGUUGAUGUCAAUUUGUCAACACUGGCGGAUUGGUUGUACGCGUUGGCUACGGUUGCCAGUGACGUCGUUAUAACAGUUCCUGAUUCACAAGCUGAUAAGAAAAUACGAAAGGAUGAUAACAAGACAGCGAAUUACAUCAAUUCAACAAAUUCGCUCCAGCCCGUGAUGCAAGUUUCAUCAAAUUCUGGUGCAGUGACAAAAAACCAAAAGAAGUGUCCUGCGUGCAAUCGAAAUGUCUGCAAAAAAUUGGCUUUUUGUGAAAAGUUCAAGAAGAUGACUCGACAAGAAAGAUGGAGACUGAUAAAAAGCAACAAUAUUUGCGGUUGUUGCUUAGGCAAUCAUCGAUACUUUAAUUGCAAUCAAAAAGUUACGUGUGGUGUUGCUGGCUGUGAUUUUUUUCAUCACGUUUUACUGCACAAUGAUUCCAAAGCAAAGGAGAAGGUGGAAUUAGCGGCUGCUACAAGUGAAGUGGUUCAAAAGAAAGUCUGCAAUUCGAUGAAUGGAAUUGCCUCAACUUUGACUUAUCCAGAAAUAUUUCGGAUUGUUCCGAAACUUGGUCUGCAAGGCACCCAAGAAAGUUUAUGUGUAAAAUGGUCGUUUGGUGAAACGCAAUUGGAAACAGAUUCUAGUCGAAUUUCGUUACAAAUCAGUGGUGUACAUGACGGCGCUGAAAAGUUUCUACUCGACGAUGUGCGCACUGUCAAGAAUCUAAAGUUGCCAACACAAUCAAUACCCAAAGAUUGGCUUGCAAAAUAUCCAUAUUUCGAUGGCAUUCCGAUCACUCCAUACAAUAAUGCGACUCCGCAAAUGAUCAUAGGUCUGCGAUAUUCAAAAUUGAUGGUGUCAUUGAAGACAAUCGAGGGCACCUGGGAACAACCGAUUGCUUGUAAAACACGGCUUGGAUGGGUCGUUCAAGGACCGAAUGAUAGAAGAAUUUUGAAUUCAAACAAAUUCAGCCUGAAUAUGUGCGAUUGCCAGCGAUCGUAUCACGGUCUUCAUCAGUUGGUAAAGGAUUUUUUUUCAUUGGAGGCAUUUGGUGUGCAAGUCACAGAUUCCGUCGUUGAAUCAAAAACAAUUAUGAGAGCCCGAAGCAUUAUGGAUGCAUCAACUGUGAAGAUCGAUCAGCACUACGAGACAGCUUUAUUGUGGAGGGCAAACGAUAUCACAUUGCCAAAGAGUUACGAUAUGGCUCUUCGUCGAUUGGAGUGUGUCGAAUCGAAGAUGAAGAAAAAUCCAAUUUUGUCGGACCGUAUAAUCAACUACUUCAAAGAUUUUCUCGACAAAGGAUAUAUCCGGAAGCUAUCGUUCGAAGAGCAACAGUUGCAAGGCCCACGCACUUGGUGUUUGCCAGUUUUUCCUGUCUUUAAUCCCAAGAAACCCGAAAAGUUACGUUUGGUAUGGGACGGUGCUGCAAAAGUCAAUGGGGUGUCGCUAAAUUCGCAAUUGUUACCUGGACCUGAUCAAUUGGUUCCCCUUCCGGACAUUCUGCGUCGUUUUCGUGAAGCAAGGAUUGGUCUAAGUACGGACAUUAUUGAAAUGUUUCAUCGCGUCUUUGUGAAUUCAAAGGAUCAAGACGCACAGCGAUUUUUGUGGAGAGAUGGCGACGUAUCGAAGAAACCCGAUGUGUUUGUUGUGAAAGUUUUACCGUUUGGUUUAACAUGCUCGCCGGCUAUUGCGCAAUACGUGAAGAACAAAAAUGCUGAGUCGUUUCAACAACAAUAUCCAAAGGCUGUCGAGGCUAUAGUGAAAAAUCAUUACGUGGACGACAUGAUUGAACGAGCUCACGACGUAGAUUCUGCGGUUCAGCUGAUCAAAGACGUACAAUUUAUUCACCGACAUGCAAAUUUUGAUUUACGCAAUUUGAUAUCAAAUGAUCGUGAAGUAUUGGAGGUGAUUAAUGGAAGUCCUGAAUUCAAUGACAAAAUUUUGGUUGACAAGCUGGACAUCAAUGUUGAAAGAAUUUUGGGAAUGUAUUGGAAUACGAAUACAGACACAUUCACGUAUUCACUUCGGUUCCUGAAAGUGCAAGACUUGACAGAUGGAUAUCGUCCAACGAAACUAGAUGUGCUUCGAACUUUAAUGUCAGUUUUUGAUCCGUUGGGUUUUCUGACACAUUUGCUGAUACAUGCCAAAGUGAUUUUGCAAGAGAUUUGGAUUACAAACAUCACAUGGGACGAACAGAUUCCUGAAGCAUUAGCAAUAAAGUGGUUACGUUGGCUCGAAUAUUUGAAGCAAGUGGAAUCUCUACACAUUUCUCGUUUGUACUCACCACGUAUGUCACCUAACAAACCGACUUCGAUUCAAUUACAUGUUUUUGUUGACGCAAGCCUGGAGGCAUAUGCAUCAGUUGCAUAUUUUCGAGUUGAAGAUGCCAAUGGAGUUGACAGUUGCCUGAUUGGUGCAAAGUCACGAGUCGCUCCGAUUAAGCCAAUUUCUGUUCCGCGUUUGGAAUUACAAGGUGGAAUUCUUGGUAAACGAUUUGCCGAGAGCAUUUUACACAGCCAUUCGUAUUUGGAGGUUGAACAGACAACGAUAUGGUGCGAUUCGAAAACUUUUGUUGCAUUCCGUAUUGGAGAGAUUUUGGAGACGAAAAUUAAUGCUCAAUGGCGCUGGAUUCCUUCCGAAUUUAAUGUUGCUGACGAUGCGACUAAAACUAAGUAUUUGCCAGAGUUACGUUCCACAUCCCGCUGGUUUCGUGGUCCCGAAUUUUUGCGACAUUCGAAUUCCAAUUUUUCGUUUGAAUUGGACGAACCUGAUUUCACGACAAAUGAAGAAGUUCGGCCGUAUUAUUUGUUGACACAUGUGGAAGUUCCAGUAAACAAGUUCAUUGAAUACGAACGAUUUUCUAAUUGGCAACGGUUGGUCCGGACUAUGGCAUAUGUUUUGCGGUUUGUUUCAAAUGUCAAGACGAAACAAUCAGAACGCCGUCUUGGUGUACUGUCAAGUGAUGAAUUGCUGUCAGCAGAAUGUCGUUUGUUUGCUCAAGUUCAAUACGACUGUUUUCGAGAGGAAAUCUCUAUAAUUCGUUCUAAUCAAACCGUCUCCAUGGAUAAAUACAAACAGCUUGACAAAACGAGUCCAAUUCGUAUGUGCUCACCGUAUUUGGACGAUUCUGGUGUUCUUCGUGUCAUGGGUCGGCUAGACAAAGCGCAUACGAUUUCUGAAUCGGUUCGGCGACCGAUAAUUUUGAUUAAAGAUCAUUAUGUAACGCAUUUGGUUGUCGAUUGGUAUCACCGCAAGUAUCUUCAUUUGCAUCAUCAGACGGUGCUUAACGAAAUAAGGCAAAAAUUUUGGAUUCCAAAGUUACGAGUUCUUUUGAAAGUUAUACGUCACAAUUACCAAAAGUGCAAGAAUGAUGCAUCAGUUCCUCGUGUUCCGGAAAUGGGAUCAAUUCCACGCGAACGAUUUGCAGUUUUCACUCGACCAUUCACAUAUGUCGGAAUCGAUUAUUUUGGACCGAUAAAAGUUGUUGUUAAUCGCAGUAACCCGAAACGUUGGGGUGCUCUUUUUACCUGCUUGACAACUCGUGCUAUUCAUCUGGAAGUUGCUCAUUCUAUGGACACAAGUUCCUGCAUUAUGUGCAUUCGCAACUUUAUUGGACGUAGGGGUACGCCCAAGAAGGUUCAUGUCGACUUGGUGCAAAUCAUUGGAAUUUUGCGGAAGUAUGGGCCAUACUUCUAG